CCCCUCCUCCUCCUCCUCCCCCUCCUCCAUUCCUCCUUCACGCGUCACUGUGUCGUUAGACAGGACCGUUAUAAAUGGCUCUGCACACACUUCUGAAGCACGCCAAAGGGAUUUACAGAGCUUCAGCAAGAUACAAAGGAGGGAAAAGUCUACACAGAGAACUACCUUUCACUGAAUCAGGAUGUCUAAGCUUGCAGAGAGAACCCUUUUCAUUUUCUACAUUUCAACACAGAUUUGCUCCCAGAUCUUGGCGCAGGUGUGUCAGACCAGGUGCCUCUGUCCGCAGGAGCCUCCGCUGUGCGCCCCCGGGGUCCAGUUGAUUCUGGAUGACUGCGCAUGCUGUCUGGUCUGUGCAAGGCAGAAAGGAGAGGCGUGCUCGGAAAUAAGUCCCUGUGAUACACACAGGGGUCUGAACUGCGACUACACGGCCGAUGUACACCAGAGGACAGGUGUCUGUGUCGCACAUGAGGGAGACAUCUGCCUGUUGGACGGUUCAGUGUACCAGAACGGAGAGACCUUCUUCCCUAGCUGCAAGUAUCAGUGCACCUGCAGGGACGGUCAGAUCGCCUGCGUGCCGCGCUGCAACCUGGACGUGAUGCUGCCGGGCCCAGACUGCCCUCUACCCAGGAAGGUGGCGGUCCCAGGGGAGUGCUGUGAGAAGUGGGUAUGUGAGCCCCAACCAGAGGCCAGUGCCUUGGGAAGCUUCGCCAUGGCUGCCUACAGACAGGAGGAGACAGUGGGGUUUGACUCGUGGGACCCCAGUACUAACUGCAUAGAGCAGACUACGGAGUGGGGCGCCUGCUCUCGGACCUGUGGCAUGAGCAUCUCCACCCGGGUCACCAACAAGAACCCCCGCUGUGAGAUGGUCAAGCAGACGCGUCUGUGCAUCGUCAGGCCCUGCGACAAACAGCAGCAGGAUGUUCCUAAGAGAGGAAGCAAGUGCCUGAGGAUGAGGAAGGCGGUGAAACCCGUCCGGUUCAGCUAUAAGAACUGCACCAGUGUGCUGACCUACAAGCCCCGGUACUGUGGUGUGUGUACGGACGGGCGUUGCUGCACCCCCCACAGCACCGAGACAGUGCAGGUGCAGUUCCAAUGUGCUCAGGGUGAAGCCAUCAAGAAACCCGUUAUGUUCAUCAACACCUGCGCCUGCCACUACCACUGUCCCAGAGACAACGUCGUGUAUCGACCAUCAGACCUGAUCUACAGCGGUUACAGGUUAUAACGCUGUUACCACAGACACAACGACAGUUUCUCCUAUUCCUCCGUGACAGUAGUAUUGUACUGUACUGUAGUCGGGUGACUCUAUAUGUUCGUGACUCUAAAUGUUCUUGACAACAUCUUCCUGAAGGUGUAUGGUUGGUCUCAUGAGGGAGAAUCUCAAUUGUAUACUUAUCGCGAAGAGAGAGGUGCGAAGAGAGAGGACGCGAGGAGUAUGCAAUUGAGAUUCUCACAGUCAGCACUUAGCUACUUUUACAGAAUGGAUGAGCUUUCUGCAUCUGAUAUAACUGGAAACGUUGUGCUUUAGUGUAUCAUAACGACAGAGUUUUCCUUUUCUGCUUACUGCAAACGGCCUCAGUGAUCAUACACAGCUCAUGGGUCAGCUUUAAACAGACUCUGACUCAAACGGCCUCAGGAGAUCAUACACAGCUCCUGGGUCCGUUUUAGACAGCCUCUCACUGUUCCAGAGGUAUUUCCCGAAAUAGCGGUUAGGCUACCUACAAUCAUUUCAAGUGCAAUGUCUGCACGUCCAACAAUUCUCCAGCUGCACGUCACAAAAGAAAUGUCUGGUGAAAGCAACACCUGCUCACUGUUGUAUUUGUUCUGGUGAAAACCUGUGUUUCUAUCCCCCCCUCAUUCCUCUGACCUUUGACCUUGUAGAUGUUUGCAGACUCUUGCCCUCUCCCAGGCUCUCCAGUCAACCCGGUCUUGGCCCACACAACAGUCAUGUCGACAGCCAGGUCAAAAGGUUGUUCUUCAUAAUGUACUGUCGCUUUCAACAGCCAGCCUGUAAGUCUCCGAUCUUGGACCUCUAGCCCCGCCCCACUUACACGUCAGACCUGGGUCAAAUACAUGUGUCAAAACAGUGUGCAGGCUGUGGGUGGAGUUGGCAGUUUAUGAGACUAUUCCAUUGGUUGCAUUGUACAGGGCAAGCUAGGUCAAGCUAAGUCAAGUUAAGUCAAGCUAAGUCAAGUUAAGUCAAGCUAACUCAAG